UAUUGUUCUUAAAUUGUGGCACUAAUGGUGACCUGGGAGGCAAACUUAAUACCCUGUUUCCCCUAAAAUAAGACAUCCCCAGAAAAUAAGACCUAGUAGAGGUUUUGCUGAAUUGCUAAAUAUAAGGCCUCCCCGAAAGUAAGACCUAGCAAAGUUUUUGUUUGGAAGCAUGCUCGCCGAACAGAACACCAGAGCAUGCAGGAUCGGUAAAUGUACGUACCAUAGAGUGUUGUGCAUGGAAAUACUGGUAGUUACAAGAAAUUCUUGAUAGGAUUCACAGUUUGUCUGGUUAUGUUGGUUUGUGAUGACAACUACUGUACAGUAUAUAAUAAAUGUUCAUUUUUUUGUUCAACAAUAAAUGUGAAUUCUUCUUCAUGGAAAAAUAAGACAUCCCCAGAAAAUAAGACCUAGCGCAUCUUUGGGAGCAAAAAUUCAUAUAAGACACUAUCUUAUUUUUGGGGAAAGACGGUAGUCUCACUUCCUUGGUUAACUUUGGCACAUUUGUGUCCUUCUCCUGAUCGCUGUUAUGGAUGUGUUGAUGUAGUGACAAGACAGCUACUAUAGCAACCAGAAUUUCAAAGACCAUUAUGUUCCAUAGGCUGCUCUAUUCUGUGGGACUAAUCUAACUAUGGAGUUAUGACUUAAUCUGUUGUGGGAUUCCUGCAAAAGGCUUCACCCAUAGGCCAGAUAUAUGGAUGAUGCCUCAGUUAGAUCCUCUGCUAUCCAGUCCUGUGUCAAAAUAAAGGAACUUAGUCAAGCUAUCAGAAACAAGAUCACUCUUCUGUUUCAACCAAAGUUUAGAUCUUUCUACUGGUAGUGUUGAAAGACAGAUCAAUCAUCAUCAUGGAUAUAGUUGGUAUGAUCCCAGUGGCCGAAUUCAAGCACUUCACAGACCAGCAGCCUGCUUUCAAGGUUCUUAAGCCAUGGUGGGAUGUAUUGGCUGAGUACAUCACCAUUGUCAUGCUGAUGAUAGGAGUUUUUGGUUGCACUCUGCAAGUGAUACAUGAUAAGAUUAUCUGCCUUCCCAACCAUGUUCCCAAUGGCACAUUCUCUGGUGAUGUAACCUGUGAAGAUUUCACCAAGAGGAGAAUCAAUGCCUCUCAACCAACGGAGAUCCCUGCCUACCAGGAAAUGAGUGGACGACGAAACAACCUAGACCUGCAACAGUACAGCUAUAUCAACCAGAUGUGCUAUGAGACAGCCCUUCAUUGGUAUGCCAAGUACUUCCCCUACCUUGUCGUCAUCCACACCCUUAUCUUCAUGGUGUGUGCCUCUUUUUGGUUCAAAUUUCCUGGGACCAGUUCAAAGAUUGAACAUUUUAUCUCCAUUCUGAGCAAGUGCUUUGACUCACCCUGGACUACUCGAGCCAUCUCAGAAGUCUCUGAAGAGGAGAAUGGAACUUCAGAGCAAAUGGGGCGGAGAAAGAAAAUAAGUGUUUCCAGUGAGGCAACGGAGCUUACCACUUUGAAGGGAUCUAUUUCAGAGAAGAAGGUUACAGAGUCCCCCUCUUCAAUUAGCUUGUUGGACAAAAAGGAAGGUGAGCAGGCCAAGGCUCUCUUUGAAAAGGUGAAGAAGUUCAGACUCCACGUCGAACAAGGAGACAUCCUUUACACCAUGUACAUCCGCCAAACUAUUCUCAAAGUCUGCAAGUUUUUAGUCAUCACUAUCUACAAUGCAAUCCUGGUUCCCAACAUUAGCUUCAUUGUGCCGUGCAGUAUCAAGAUGGAGGAUAUGACAGGCUAUGAGCAUUUCUGUUGCAAUCACACCAAAGCCCAUCUGUUCUCUAAGCUGGCAAUCUGCUACAUCUGCUUCCUUGGUAUCUAUGGCAUGACCUGUCUCUACACACUCUACUGGCUCUUUCACCGGCCACUCAAAGAAUACUCCUUUGACUUUGUACGUGAGGAAACAGGCAUCUGGGACAUCCCUGACGUCAAGAAUGACUUUGCCUUCAUGCUCCAUCUCAUCGACCAGUACGAUUCCCUGUAUUCCAAGCGCUUUGCUGUAUUCCUCUCUGAGGCCAGUGAGUUCAAGUUGAAGCAACUCAACCUCAGCCAUGAGUGGACGGUAGAGAAGCUGCGACAGAAGUUGCAGAAGAAUGUGCAUGACCGGCUGGAGCUCCAUCUCUUCAUGUUGCCUGGAUUGCCUGACACUACUUUUGAGCUGACUGAGGUGCAGGCCCUGAAGCUUGAGCUUCUCAAAGAUUUUACUUUCCCAAAUUCUGUGACUCAGUUGGUCAACCUUCAGGAGCUUGCAUUAAUUAAUAGUCCUGUUAAGUUGAAUUUCACAUCUUUGAUGUUCUUCCGUGAACACCUGAAGGUGAUGCUUGUCAAGUUUGAUGAUAUAAAAGAUAUACCGGUAUGGACUUAUAAUCUGAGGGGCUUGGAAGAGUUACACAUUAUGGGACACUUUAACCCAGAGAUGAACCGGGCAGGGAAUCUAGAAUGCAUGCGUGAGCUAAAGAGCCUGAAGAUCCUGACACUGCAUAGCAACAUGUCCAAAUUACCACCCAGUGUGGCUGAUCUGGCCACUCAUUUGCAAAAGCUCAGGAUCCACAAUGAUGGGACUAAGCUGGUGACCCUGAACACCCUCAAGAAACUCUUCAAUGUACAGGAACUGAAGCUGAUAAACUGUAAUUUGGACCGCAUCCCGCAUGCUGUCUUCAGUCUGGUCAACCUGCAAGAGUUAGACCUGAGGGACAACCAACUGUAUACCAUUGAAGAGGUCCUCAGCUUCCAGCAUUGCCGCAAGCUGACAUGCCUCAGACUUUGGCACAACCACAUUGCCAGCAUCCCUGACCAUAUCCGCAAGCUGAAGUCCUUAGAGCAUCUUGACCUUAGCCACAACCGGAUCGAGGCCCUCCCUGCUCAGCUGUUCUUGUGCACUAAGCUGAACUAUUUGGACCUCUCUCACAAUAAGAUCCAGGUCAUUCCGCCUGGGAUGGGUGUUCUACAAAGCCUCCAGUAUUUUUCCAUUUCACACAACUUUUUAGAGGUGCUGCCUGCUGAAAUCUUCUUCUGCAAAAGGCUCAAGGUUCUCAAACUAGGGCACAACAAACUGCGGCACCUCUCUGACCGCAUCAGCUGGCUGCCUUUCCUCUCCAGGCUGGAGCUGAAGGGAAACAACCUGGACAUCCUGCCCCGGGAAAUCGGCCAAUGCUCAGCCCUUAAGCGUAAUGGUCUUGUGGUGGAGAACAACCUUUAUGAGACAUUGCCUUUAGAAAUUAGGGAGAAACUGGAGAAGGAAUGAUGGGGAAAAUCACAGGAGAGAUAAGGAAGGUGGGUGAAAGCCUCUCAAGUGUUGGCCACACUGUUAUGGUGCAUGGAGAGAUUUGGUUGAGUCUGGUGCCCAUGUGUUCUAAUGUAGAGAGUGUCCCACUCUAUUUUUCUAUGGUGUCAACCCAGAGUGGAUAUGGUCAGAGAAGCAAAACUCCACCACUGACUGGAAUCAGGGUAGGAAUAGAAAAUGCUCAUCCUGGGAGUCAGGGGGAAGGAUUGUCAAACCUCCUGAAUUCAGAUGGAACGAAAACCCAGCAAAAGACACAAAGUAGCAAAUAUCUCUUUCAAGAACAACAGCAAAAAAAUCAGCAAGAGAAGUAAACAAUUAUUCAUGAGAGAGAAUUGGUUGUACUAAAUCAGAUAAUAAUUAUAGUUAUUUUUAUA